AUGGCAUCAAUACGCCCACAGUCAAGUUUACAUACAUCCAGUCCUCCCAGUGACCAGACAAAAGCAUGCGACAUUGAAAAGCAAAAUGAAGACUCUUCUCCAGAUCAGCCAUCGAAGAAACGGUCAAUGUUCUCAAGUCUAGGUCUUCUUGACCGAUUUUUGGCAGUAUGGAUUUUUCUUGCUAUGGCAAUUGGAAUCAUUCUGGGAAACUUUGUCCCAAGCACAGGUCCUGCCCUACAAAGGGGAAAAUUUGUAGGAGUCUCCGUUCCAAUCGCUGUGGGUCUUCUCGUCAUGAUGUACCCUAUCCUGUGCAAGAUUCGGUUCGAAUCCCUGCAUCAUGUUUUCCGAGCAAAGGAUAUUUGGAUCCAGAUGGCCUUCAGUAUUCUUCUGAAUUGGAUUAUCGCCCCUUUCCUUAUGCUGGCCUUGGCUUGGGCGUUUUUGCCCGACGAGCCAGAAUUGCGACAGGGACUGAUCAUUGUUGGAUUGGCACGGUGCAUUGCUAUGGUCCUAGUUUGGACAGGGCUAGCUGGAGGUGAUAACGAAUAUUGUGCCAUCCUCGUCGCUCUCAACUCGGUCCUGCAGAUGGUUCUUUUCGCUCCAAUGGGGGUAUUCUUUAUCAGCGUCAUCAGUGGCGAUCCAGUCACUUUCGAAUAUUCAACAGCCGCCAAGAGUGUUGCGGUUUUUCUCGGAAUACCUCUCGGGGCCGCAAUCCUCACGCGUUUCGUACUCCGACGAAUUUCUGCGAAGUGGUACGAUGAAACUUUUCUCAAAUGGCUUAGCCCAUGGUCUCUCAUCGGCCUGCUGUUUACAAUCCUUGUGUUAUUCGCCUCGCAAGGUCGCCAUGUGGUCCACCAAAUCGUCUCUGUGGUCCGAGUCGCCGCACCGCUCAUCGUUUAUUUCCUGGUCAUCUUCUUUGCAACCCUCCUUGUCGCAUACAAAUUGGGUUUCGGCUAUAAGCUGGCCACUGUGCAGAGCUUUACUGCUGCCAGCAACAAUUUUGAAUUAGCAAUUGCUGUUGCAGUGGCGAUGUUUGGCGCAGAUAGCAACCAGGCUCUUGCUGCGACUGUUGGGCCUCUCAUAGAGGUUCCUGUGUUGUUGGGUUUGGUAUAUGCUGUCAAAUUUAUAGCUAGACGAGCUGGGUGGAAUGACUAG